UGCUGCUGCCGCUGCCACUGCGGCCAGAGAAGGCCCGUCCUCCGCGGGGCUGCUUUUGUGAAGAGCUGACAAUACUUCCUUUAAAUUCCACUGUACUUUUCCUUUUUGUGGAGUCUCAGACGAGUACCCAGACACCAUGAACAGCUUUACUGAUGAAGAGUUUGGCUGCCAUUUCCUCGAUGAAGGCUUCACUGCCAAGGACAUCCUGGACCAAAAAAUUAAUGAAGUUUCUUCUUCCGAUGACAAGGACGCCUUCUACGUUGCGGACCUGGGGGACAUCCUGAAGAAACACCUGAGGUGGCUGAAAGCUCUUCCUCGGGUCACCCCUUUUUACGCGGUCAAGUGCAAUGACAGCAGAACCAUAGUGAAGAUCCUUGCUGCCAUCGGGACGGGGUUUGACUGUGCCAGCAAGAUGGAAAUACAGCUGGUGCAGAGUCUCGGGGUGCCUCCAGAGAGGAUCAUCUAUGCAAAUCCUUGUAAACAAGUGUCUCAGAUUAAGUACGCUGCCAAUAACGGAGUCCAGAUGAUGACUUUCGAUAGUGAGGUCGAGCUGAUGAAAAUGGCCAGGGCGCAUCCGAAGGCCAAGUUGGUUUUGCGGAUCGCCACGGAUGACUCCAAAGCGGUGUGUCGUCUCAGUGUUAAAUUCGGUGCCACUCUCAAGACGAGCAGGCUGCUCUUGGAGCGGGCGAAAGAGCUCAAUGUCAACGUCAUCGGUGUCAGCUUCCACGUGGGCAGCGGCUGCAGCGACCCUGAGACCUUCGUGCAGGCCAUCUCCGACGCCCGCUGCGUCUUCGACAUGGGGGCUGAGGUCGGUUUCAACAUGUACCUGCUGGACAUCGGUGGCGGCUUUCCUGGAUCUGAGGAUGUAAAGCUUAAAUUCGAAGAGAUCACCAGUGUCAUCAACCCGGCUCUGGACAAGUAUUUCCCCCCCGACUCGGGGGUGACGGUCAUCGCAGAGCCCGGCAGAUACUAUGUUGCGUCAGCGUUCACGCUCGCAGUUAACAUCAUCGCCAAAAAACUGGUGUUGAAGGAGCAAACGGGCUCUGACGACGAGGACGAGUCGAGCGAGAAGACCUUCAUGUAUUACGUGAACGACGGGGUGUACGGCUCCUUCAACUGCAUCCUGUACGACCACGCGCACGUGAGGCCCGUCCUGCAGAAGCGGCCCAAGCCCGACGAGAAGCACUACUGCUCCAGCAUCUGGGGACCCACGUGCGACGGCCUGGACCGCAUCGUGGAGCGCUGCGCCCUGCCCGAGAUGCACGUGGGCGACUGGCUGCUCUUCGAGAACAUGGGCGCCUACACCGUCGCCGCCGCCUCCACCUUCAACGGCUUCCAGCGGCCGCCCGUCCACGACGUGAUGCCGGGGCCGGCCUGGCAGCUGAUGCAGCAGGUCCAGAACUGCGGCGCCCUGGCCGCCGCGGAGGAGCAGGACGUGAGCGCUCUGCCGGUGUCCUGCGCCUGGGAGAGCGGGAUGGAGCUGCACCCGGCAGCCUGCGCCUCCGCUCGCAUCAACGUGUAGAUGCCGUUCGUGUAGCUGUUACCGCGAGGGUAGCUUGAAUUACGGGAUUGGAGGGGACCACGUAACUUAAUUAUUGCUAGUUCUGAAACGUCUUUGUAAGUAGGGUGGCACAUGGAACGUGAUGGGGGCUAGGAGUUGGGGUCACACUUACCUGUGUUCCUAUGGAAACUAUUUGAUUACUUGUUUUAUACAGAUUUUUACUCGGUUUUCAGACUCUACUAAAGAGUGCCCCUCGGCCGCCACGCAAGCAUUUGUAGCUUGUUUGUUGGCCUUAAUGGGCCAGAAGCUCAGUGUUGUGACCUGUUUUUAAAAUAAAGUACCUUGGAAAUUAGGCACUGGGAUAUUUUUAGUGGGGCCAUUCCACGUGGCUCGCCUUGCAUGUAUCUUUACGAGUGGGAAUUAAUGUCUUGACUUCCCCAAAGGCUGAGAAAACUGUCCCAGAGGACUGAGGAAUCGACGGUGUGUUGUUUUUUGAAACCCUGUGGGCGUGCGUGCCCUUUUCCUGUUUGGCAUUGUAUUUCCAUGCGUGACUCCUGUGUAAACUUGGCUCUGGGUGUCCCGAGGAAGAGACCUGGUCCCGUGCUGGUAGAGGGGAAAGGAUGGAUGAGAAGCCCAAGUCCCCUGCUGCCGACAGUGGCCAGUGUCUGCCGUGGUGGCUCAGCCCUCUCCCCAUGUCCACAGAAGUGGCUGGACGCGGCCCAGAGCCCCUGUUAACACCCCGGCCCGCCUCGGCACAGCCAGGGCCCAGGGAAGGGGCGCCGGGCCCUCGGGGGCCUGCUGCCCGCAGGGACCGAGGCCGCUGCCUCCCCACCCGGCCCUCACUCCCAGGACGAGUUGCGUAGUUACAAGGUGGGAAUGUAGUGCAGCGUUUGGCAGUUGUUUUAAUAAAUUCAGCAACAAAUUA